AUGCCUACUUCCAGGAAGCCAAUCAGAGAGCAGUACAGGGCUGUGGGCGGGAAGUGUUGGUGUUGUUUUUUUAUUCACGAGUUGAUCGUAGGAGAAAGCGCGGCACACUAUUAUUUUAGGCUUAAACUCCUCGAGUACAAAGAGCCAGUGAGUCAGCGACAGCCUACAUCAUUCCGUCAUCAUUGUUCAUCUGUCAUCAUGGGGAAGACUCCGCUUAAAGUGGAUCCUAAAGAUGGCAAAAAGGAGAGGCCUGCAAAAUCUCUUCCACCAACAGAAUCUUUCACGUGGGACGAGUACCUCAAAGAAACCUCAUCCCUCCCGGCUCCAGCCAGCUGCUUUCGUCAGGCUCGAGUGCCGCCAUCGAAUGACUUUAAGGUGGGCAUGAAGCUGGAGGCCCAUGACCCACGGAACGCCACGUCAGUGUGCAUCGCCACGGUGAUGGGGCUGACUGGCGUGCGACUGCGUCUGCGGCUGGAUGGCGGUGACAACAGUAACGACUUCUGGAGACUCGUGGACUCGGCCGACAUCCAGCCCAUCGGCUCCUGUGAAAAGAACGGAGACAUGCUGCAGCCACCGCUGGGGUUUCGGAUGAAUGCUUCCUCUUGGCCAAUGUUCCUCUUGAGGACUUUGAAUGGAGCAGAGAUGGCUCCAGUCGCAGCCUUCAAAAAAGAGCCUUCCAGACCUCCUCAGAACAACUUCAGUCCUGGUUUGAAGCUGGAGGCGGUGGAUAAGAAGAACCCGUACCUGAUCUGUCCCGCCACCAUCGGAGAAGUGAGAGGUGACGAGGUCUUCAUCAUGUUCGACGGAUGGAGAGGGGCCUUCGAUUACUGGUGCAAGUACGACUCCCGUGACAUCUUCCCUGUGGGCUGGUGCGCUCUCACCAAACACAACCUGCAGCCACCAGGAAACAGCGUGACUCUCCCCAAAAGCCUGCCGGUCUUUAGCUCCUCCUCCCCAGCCAAGCCCAGCCGGCGGUCCCUGCAGCCGCCAUACAGACUGCCCAUGCCGCUGCCUCAGCUCCCUGUGAGGAAGGGGGUGAGGGGGAGGAGACCCAAGAGCGAGACCAUGGCGCUCCUCAAGGCCGUGGCCGAGGCAGCAGCAGCCAAUCAGAACGGAGCCCACAUCCCGGGGAUCAUACAAGCAUUCGAACCCAGACCCCACAAGAAACGAGGACCCAAGCCCGGAAGCAAGCGGAAGCCAAAACUGUUUCACAGGAGUCUGGACCUGCCCAGCAUCUCAGUGCCACAGGAGAGCCUCGCCAGCCUCAACUCUGUGGUGUCAACAGCCUGUGUGUAUGUCAACAAACACGGGAACGUCGGGCCUCACUUGGACCGGAAGCUGAUGCAGCGGCUGCCAGACCACUUUGGACCUGGACCCGUGAACUCGGUCCUGCAGCAGGUGGUCCAGUCCUGCAUUGACUGUGCCUACCAGCCCAAAGUGCUGCUGGGAGCUCUGCACACUCACGCCGGUGGAGGGGAGGUGGUCCGAGUCCGCACAGAUGGAGGGGUGCGUGUGGUAAAGCUGCCUGCUGCCUCCAGCGCUUCCUUUGUGCUUCGGUUCCUGGAAACAAUGUGUCGACAUCUGCAGAGUGACAGUCUUUUCAGCAGCCAGCCCUUCAGCCACUACCCCCCCUACGACCGCACCAAGUCAGUGAAAGAAGAGGCCUUGGAUCUUCCGUCUAUGAGCCGUGUAACCAAACGCAGUUUGUCGGCACUGUCCCCUCCAUACGCUGCUCCUCUGUCGCCCAAACAACUCCGAGCUGAAGCCCAUCCCUCUGAAGCGGAGACUCUGCCUCACGAGGAGAACGGUCUGAUGAAGGAGCAGCGCUACAUGGACUCCGCCUCUAACUCCAUGACGCCGCGACCUCACAGAGAAUACCACUCUCAGCCCAGUGUCCCCUACCACCACCACGGUGCUACUACACCCAUGAGACGCCUGUCCUCCAACUCCGUCGACCACAGCUUCACACUGCCCCACCGGAGAGUGGAAGCAGCGAGCUCCACGACAGGCCCUGACGCCUCUGAGCGAGAGGACGGCUCCAGUAAAAGCCCAGCGUCCUGGAGCAUCGAGGACGUGAUGCAGUUUGUGAAGGAGGCGGAUCCCACGGCUUUAGCUCCACACGCAGAACUCUUCAGGAAACAUGAGAUCGAUGGCCGGGCCCUGAUGCUGUUGAGGAGCGACAUGAUCAUGAAGUACAUGGGUCUGAAGCUGGGGCCGGCUCUCAAACUGUGCCACCAUAUAGAGAGGCUCAAACAGGGAAAGGUGUAA